GGCUGCGUUUUCAUUAGAGUAAUGUCCAAAGAAGCUCCGGAAUUAUGUAAGCGUGACGUGCUGUCAUCCUCUUUGUCGGCCGGCCCACUGCCUGGCAGGAACGUGGCCGUUUUUGUUUUCCUUUUUAUCCUCACUCGCUCAGGGAAGCCAAAAGGACAUCUGUCGGGGUCGGCGGUUGGGAGCAGGACUCGUAGUAGCUCCGCCGCAGGGACCUCGCCGCUCCGGGGGCAAAAGCUGUGGCAUCGUUGUCAUGGAGAGGACAAGUUUGUAGGCUUUCUGCUGCAGAAGAAGAGAAGAGCAGACGUGGAGAAGACGAGCGAUGGAGGAAGUGUAGCAGCAGUCAGAGCAGUGUGUUGUGUGUGUGUGUGUGAGGCUGUCGCCGUUUAAAGAAUUUGAAGAUGAAAUUUAAGAAGUUCAUCACGAUCAUGCAGGCAGCCAUAGGGAUUGUUCCCCUGAACAAACGGGAGCUUCUGCCACCCGGCAGGAAACUGUGGAGACCCCAGGGGGACCAGCCUGGCUCUGACCAGACCAGCACUGACCUGCUCAAGUCCAACCGCAAGUUCCGCUGGUCCAGAGAAGCCCAGUACUUGUAUCUCCGCCGCCUCUCCUCACGCAGCUAUUCGGCUAUUAUGAUGAACCCGGUCAUGGAGGAGACCGUGUGGGAGCAGUACACCGUGACCUUGCAGAGGGAUCCGAAGAUGGGCUUUGGCAUCGCAGUGUCAGGGGGGCGGGACAACCCGAACGAAGAAAGUGGCGAGACCUCCAUUGUGGUGUCCGACGUCCUGCAAGGAGGACCUGCUGAUGGCUUGUUGUUUGAGAAUGACCGAGUGGUGCAGGUGAACGCCAUCCCCAUGGACGGGGCCAUCCACUCCUUCGCUGUCCAGACCCUCAGGAAGUGUGGCAAAGUAGCAAAGAUUACAGUCAAGAGGCCCAGGAAGGUUCCAGUCAAUCUAUUGAACCGUCCCCCGUCACCUGAUGACCGAGUCUUCAACAACGACUACAAUGACGAUUACUACGAGCAGGACCGCCGUAGUAUGUACAGCAGCCGGAGUGGAGGUGGGCGGGACCACAGCCUGGAGAGGGAGCGAGGCGGGGGAGGCUACAUGGAUUCUGGCUACCAAACACGUGAGCGUGACUACGACAGGGACUAUGACCGGCGGGAACGUGGUAGAGGCACAGAGAGAGACCUGAGCCCGGACCGGCAGUACAAGAGAGAUGGCAGCAGAGGUCGCACUUUGGACCGAGAACGCAGCCCGGAUCGCCCCUACAAGGGGGACCACAUGCCCGUGCGCGACUACAGCCCGGACAGGAGGUACCGCAGCGAGCACGCGUUAGACAGAGACCACAGUCCCGACCGGCGCUACCGCAGCGAGCGAACGUUGGACCGCACCGACAGCCCAGACCUGCGCUACACACGUGACAGCCCUGCACGAGGCCGCGGCCGCGACCGCAGCUUCGAACGAGGACGGGAACCCAUUCCCAGUGACCUGAGGAAGUACGAGGAGCCGCCAAAGCGGAGUGGGAGUAGAGACCGUCUGGAGCGCUCCCCGUCACCUGUCGCCAUGCCCAUCCCUCUGCCCCGCCCCACCCGGGACCUGGAGCCACUAGAGAAACCCAUGAAUGUGCUGCUGCUGAAGAACCGGCCAAACGAAGAGUAUGGCCUUCGUCUUGGCAGUCAGCUCUUCAUCAAAGAGAUGACCAGCACAGGACUCGCCAGCAGAGAUGGGAACCUGCAGGAAGGGGACAUUAUUUUAAAGAUUAACGGUACGGUGACAGAAAACCUGUCACUCAGCGACGCAGGGAAGCUGAUCGAGAAGUCCCGCGGGAAGCUGCAGCUGGUGGUGCAGAGAGACAAACGGCAGGUGCUGAUCCGAGUCCCCCCAAUGGCGGACAGCGACUCGGAAAUCGAUGAUAUCUCCGAGAUUGAGUCGUACCGCUCCUACUCUCCACAGGAUGACCGGCGGGGCCACCACUCCGACCUCUCCUCCCACUCCUCCAAUGAGAGGCUAAGAGAGAAGCCCAGAGAGGACCCACCCAACAGACUGGCAAAAAUGGGCGCCAUGCCAACACCAUUCAGAAUUCCAGACAGGGCUGUAGAAGACAUGCCCCCUUUGUCGGCAGAGAGGGAGGAGCCCCGACCAGAAACGCCACCAGUACUAGCAGCCACUGUAGUCCCAAGGGUUCAUGCUCCUCCUAAGGUGCCCCUAAAGCCAAGCAUAGAGGACCUGGAAGUGUAUGGGCCAAACACAGUGAUGGUGCGUUUCCAGAAAGGUGACAGUGUGGGUAUGAGACUGGCAGGGGGAAAUGAUGUUGGCAUCUUCAUUGCUGGUGUUCAGGAGGACAGCGCAGCUGAGCAGGAGGGUCUCCGCACAGGAGAUCAGAUCAUGAAGGUGAACAACAUGGACUUCAGAGGCAUGGUGCGUGAGGAUGCUGUCCUCUACCUCCUGGAGAUUCCCAAAGGAGAAGAUAUAACCAUUCUUGCUCAAAGCAAACCUGAAGUGUACAAGGACAUUUUAGCAUCUGGCAGAGGUGACUCUUUCUUCAUCAGGACCCACUUUGAGUAUGAGAAGGAGUCCCCUCAGAGCCUUCCUUUCACCAGAGGAGAGAUCUUCAAAGUGACGGACACACUUUAUGAUGGCAAACUGGGCAACUGGCUCGCAAUCCGCUCUGACAAAGACAACCAGCUGCGGGAGAAAGGAAUCAUCCCCAACAAGAGCAGAGCAGAACAAAUGUCCAAUGUCCAGAAUGCUGCUCGGGUAGCGUCAGGCAACGACAGAGGAGACUUCUGGAGGCUGAGAGGUCAAAGGGCGGCGAAGAAGAAAGACUUGCGCAAGAGCCGAGAGGACCUGAGCGCAGCUCCAGUUACCACAAAAUUCCCUGCAUACGAGAGAGUGGUCUUGCGCGAAGCUGGUUUCAGGAGACCAGUGGUUAUAUUUGGGCCCAUUUCCGAUGCUGUGAAUGAAAAACUGGCCAAUGACAUGCCGAGCGAGUUUGUAGUCGCCAAAACGGAGCCCAAGGAUGCAGGAAGUGAGAAAUCCUCCGGAGUGGUGAGACUGAACACCAUCAGACAAAUCAUUGAACAGGACCGCCAUGCUCUGCUUGAUGUGACUCCCAAAGCUGUGGACACCCUGAACUACACCCAGUGGUAUCCCAUCGUCCUCUUCCUGAACCCAGACAGCAAGCAAGGCGUCAAGACCAUGAGGAGCCGCCUCGUACCCGGAUCGACCCGCAGCGCACGCAAACUGUAUGAGCAGGCCGUCAAGCUGAGGAAGGCCUGCUCACACCUGUUCACUGCGACUAUCGAUCUGAACUCGGCCAAUGACGCAUGGUACGGCAGCGUGAAAGAUUCCAUUCAGGAGCAGCAGGACAGAGCUGUGUGGGUGUGUGAGGGCAAGUUGGACGGUUCAGACGAGGACCUGGAUCUCCAGGACGACCGCAUGUCCUACCUGUCGGCAAUGAGCGCAGACUACCUGAGCAUGGACAGCCGCCUAGCCAGCGACUACGAGGACACAGCGGACGAGGGCGGGGCUUACACGGACAACGAGCUGGACGAGACACUGGACGAGCCCCAGCCGGUGUCGGCCAUCAGUCGAUCAUCGGAGCCCGUGCUGCCAGAGGAGAAGCCUCACCCUGAACCCCGGGCUCGUAUGAGGAGGGCAGGGAGCAGAGAGGUGCUGAACAGAGAGCCCAGCCCUCCUCCUCCUUUUACCCCCGAACCUCCGAAGGUGCGGGUUCAGAAUCGGACUGAGUCCUCGCGCAGCUACGACUCGCACUCCAGCAGCACCAUCAGCAGCGAUGCAGCCGGCGUGAACAAGCCGCUCCCCCCUCCUGUGGCCCUCAAGCCCACCAUCCCCCGUCUGAACCAGCCGUCGGUGGCGAAGGGGCCGGGGGAGGAGGACCCCGCCAACACAUCCUUCCUCGGCAAGCAAAUGGGUGACCAGAUUAAAGCUUUUGAGAAGAUGGACCACCUGGCCCGAGCUCAGAGGAUGCUGGAGCUGCAAGAAGCAGAAAAUGCUCGAUUGGAAAUCGCCCAGAAGCAUCCAGACAUCUACGCCAUCCCAGUGAAACUGCCAAAACCCAACCUCAACCGUCCUCAGCCAAUAGGUUCCAGCUCCAACCCCGAGCAGCAGCCUCCCUUCAGACCGUACUCGGAGUCCAGAGGAUACGAGGACGACGAGGCCGACUACCGCAGGCAGCUGGCCGACCAGACCAAGAAAGGAUACUACAAUCCUCAGAAAUACAAAGACACUGAGCUGUAGGCUGAGAAACCAGGAAGUGACAUCAUCAGCUCAUCUGGACUCCUCCCUCCAUUAAUUGCCGUGGUAACCGCUCAUGCAGCACAACCUUGAUGUAAACUCUCAGAACUUUGUUUGAGGUCCAUUGUAACACUAAUUUCAGACACUUUUCAAUACACAAACACAAUAUUCUUACAAAGAGCGUAUUUUGGCAAACAAAAAAAUGAACUGAUGAAUCUGUUGAUAUUUCAGUGUAUUUUUUUUUAAGUGUCUGAAGGUUUUAUUCCCCCCCCCCCAGCCCCAGUUUGGCUCUCAUGUAUUAUUACUAUUGCAUUAGAGUCACCGAGACAAGUUAAAAGAUUAAUACCUCACAAUUCUUUUAAACACCCAGAAGGUUGUUAAACUACACUUUUUAGUUUUGAAGGUAUUUCCAGAAUGCUUAAAGACUCUUCUAACCAAUGACUAUUAUAUUUAACUCCCUUCUAACCGAGGUGGCUCCUGUUUUUUAGAAAACUAUGGACCUUAACAACAUUUAAGCAAUAGCUCAUGACAAGCGGCUGCGUUGAGCCGAACAACGCCCCUUAGCUGCGUUAUAAUCAUGUCUUGCAACCUUAAGUGGGCUACUGCUUUCAUAAAACUGUCUUCAAGUAUGGCAAUAUGAAAUUAAGUCACAUUCCAAUUUAAAUAGAUUUUCAAAUAUUUUCAAAAUAAAAUAGGCCCUCCUGGGCCGGCUGGCUGCACAUACCAAGGCGGUUGCUACGGAACACAGCACAGGUAACGUUAGCCUACAUUAGCAGCUAGCACAGACGAUUUAUUUUGCUUAACGCUAAAGAAAGGCACUCAACACAAACUAACCUAUCGAGACAGCAGUAGACCAGCGACUAACCAAUCAAGGCAGCGGUAGAACAGGAACUCCGGUGGCUUUGAAGAGAGCAUAGAUAACUGCUUCAGUUCUUGAUUUAAACCACCCAUUUUAUAUUUACAAAUAUAAAACUUGUAAUAUUGAGGAAGGCCACGUGGCCAACUACCAUCUUUGUUUUGAUCAGGGAAGUCUUUUAGGAGUCUGGAAAGAACUAGAACAUCAGUAGGUCAUGUUGGACAACCUUGGGUUUGUAAAAGAUAUUUUUCAGAAAAGUCCCUUACCUCUAUUACUGGACCAUAAUAGCAAGGCCGAAACUGGAGUUAACUGUAGCCUAUGUACAGUGUCUACGUUUUACUUCCUAUUUAGUGCAUUUUUUUUGUAUGCCACCAACUUUCUAACCCUUCACACUGAACUAGCUUGUUUUUGGCGCACACACACACGAACAGUGUGUCAGUUUGGUUUAUACACGUCAGCAGCUGCUUUGAUGUCAAAUAGGUGUUGGUCUUCCUCUUCUUGUUACUGUCCUGCCAUGUCAAGAUUUAUUGUACCUCUCUACAUUCCUGAUCGAACAUUUGUAUAUAUCUAUACACACACUACACUAUGUAAUAUGUGUGCAUUCUGGGAAGUGGCAUAUUUUCAAGUGCCUUGUAGCUCUGAUGUUAGCUUGGGGGGGGAGAAAUCAACAGCACACGGUUCUUAAAUUGACAAAACAAACUCAUACAUGCACCAUCUUUUUCUUAUACUUCUGAGUUAAAAAAACAACAUACGGAAGUUACAAUGACAAGCUAACAUGUCUUUUAGUAAAUACAGUGCACUUCCAUAAAUUAGGGAGGUUGUGCAUUAAAGCAUUUCUGUAUAUAGAUCAGCUGGAAGAGGUAAAUGACGUCAGACUUUACUGUUAGAAUAUAAUCAUGUACGGAACAUUCAGACGAUGGUGUGAAGAAUUACUAAGAGGUGCAGCACAGCUGAGGCCGAUGUGUGGGUUUGUCUUUACGAGCUGCUUGCCACCAGAGACAAUCACAUUGUGGUGGCAUAUGUUUUUAUAUUAAAUAUACAUAAACUCCGUCAAGUCUUUGUACACAGGAGCAUCUGGAAUGUGGUGAUGACAAUCAUUGAUCCAUGUCUUUUAAAUGUCUGUUAGUUUGUUAAUUUUCUCUUUUUUUUAGUUUGUGAUCUCCUUAGUGUUGCAGAACACACUAUUGGUCAAUUCAAAUAAAAAAAAUCUCUUUUUUACAUUG